AUGGAAAAUAAUCAUAAUAAAUAAUCAUAAGUUUUAAAGUUGAAAUCUUACGAAGUAAGAUUGUAAUGGAGCUGUCAUGACUCACAAGAUUAGUAAGACAUUGAUUUAGAUUUAUAGUGCUUAAUAUUGGAUGACCUCUCUUAAAUUGAGGAUGUAGUUUACUACAAUUAAAAAAGUUCUACUUUAGCAGAUAUUAAACUCUCAGAAGAUUAAAGAGGUACUACUGAAGAAAAAUAAAAUGAAAUGCUUAAAAUUAACCUCUCAGAUUGCUAAUAUGGAAUUAAAUACUUAGCUAUUUUAGUUUGCUCUCAUGAUGGCAUUACUCUUAGUAAGCUGAAAACUGGAGUUUUAGAAGUACUUGAAAAUAAUAAACCUAUUUUGACUUCCUCUAUUUGUGGUGAAGAACAAAUUGUUUCCUAUUUGCCAUGUAUAUUCUCAAAGCAAUAUGAUGGUACUUGGAUUCUCAAUAAAACAAAAGCAGUGGAUAAAGUUGGAAAAACCUUCAUUGAAUGUGAAUCAAUAGUAAAAUAAGGCUUAUUAUCAUGUGGAUUCGACGAGGGUCUCUUUUAAGAAGCUAAAAAUUGGUGUGGUAACAAAACAUUCGAUCUAAAAAAAGAUGAUGUUUUAGUUAUUCCUAAUACUAUUAUGAAUAAUGAAGUAUUUGUUGGUCUUGGCUGGGAUACCAGAUGCGAUAUAGAUUCUUCCAUAGUAACAUUUGAUUAAUAAGGAAAUAUGAUAGAAAAUAUCUACUUUGGAAAACUAAAAAGUGAUAACUAGUCUAUCAUCCAUCAUGGAGAUAAUUUAACAGGAGUAGGAGAUGGUGACGAUGAAGUAAUUACUAUCAAUCUUAAAUAAGUAGAUUAGAGAGUAGAUACAAUUUGGUCUGUAAUUACAAUAUAUUCUUAAGGAAAGAAUUUUAGUGAUGUCUCUGGUACUUUUUGUAGAUUGGUAGAUAAAAAAACUAAUAAAGAGUUUUGUAGAUAUAAUCUUUCUGAUAAAUCUUCUAGUUAUUCUACUCAUAACGGAUGUAUUAUGGCAUGUAUUAAGAGGUAUAAGAACAAUGUCUGGGCUAUUUAACCAAAAGGCUUCUUGACAUAAGGUAAAAGAUAUUCAAGUGAAGUAGCACCAAUAAUUAAAAACAUUUUAAGUGGUAAUCUAAGCUAAAUAGUAAUUAUGAAUGAAGAGGAAAAGUAGUUAAAGCCUUAAUAAUAAUAAGAAUAAAAAUAAAUAAUAUCUCAAUCAUAAUAAUUAUAAUAAUCAUAAUUGUAUAAAUAAAAUGAAAGUAGUAAUAAAAUAUUUUUAGUUUCUUAAAUGAGUUUUUAAGCAUAAAACUAAAAAAAUAUGAAUCCUUACAUUAAUGUUAGUUUAAAUUAAAAGUAAGUACUAAAAACUAUAGUAAAAUAAAAUGAAGCAAACCCUAACUGGUCUGAAAAAAUCUAAUUGACUUUAAAAGAAGGAGAUAUUAUUGACUUUAAAAUAUAUAGUUAUAAUACAUUUUGCUUUGAUACUUUUUUAGGUUAGUCAAAAAUAAGAAUAAGUAAAGACAUCCUUGAUAAGAAUAAUGAAGAAAGUUAUGAGAACUAGUUAAUGGAUUCUCACCAAAAUUUAAAUUACUAAAGUUAGAUAAAAUUUAAAUUAUAAAGUAUUCCAUAAAAAUCUUGA